UCAUGCUUCAUCCUUCAUUUUUCCACCUACUACCACAACAUGCUCCUUAUCAACGUCUUCAUUUCCUUCCAAGCAACACACUUAAUUGUUUCCUGAAAUUUCUUCCUCCUUCUCUCCUUUUAUCUCUUUCUCACUCACUCACUCACUUUUCAUUCCAUGUUUGUGCAUGAAUUCAUGGAUCCAUCUGAAAAACCUCUUCAACCUACAAGGUCAUUCAGUAUAUAACUAUAACCAGGUUUUCUAACACUCUUGCUAUUCAUUAAACUAGGUGAGAAAACUUUGUUCAAGUUCAGUUUAACCCUAUAUACAUGCUUUCUAUCUGUCCAAAUUUACACCUAUUUGAAGCUUGCUUUCCAAAUCAAGUUAGAGUUUUGAUCAAUCAUAUAUACAGAAAAGUAGCAAGAAAUUUAAUUAGUACCCUCAUUGCAUUAUUAGUUAUAAACUAAAUACUAUCCCAAUUCUGCUUCUGUUAGAUUUCAUUCUGGCAAGUUAUAGAACAAAGUUUCAAGCAAUAACAACAGGUAAGAAUGGAUUCUUUCAAUCAGAAUCAUCAAACUACCAGCUUCAGGUACAAUCCAAUCUCGAACACAAUGAACCAUGAAGAUGAUGAUGAUGCUGAGUUCUCAGGGAUUCUUGAUAUCUAUGUUCAUCAUGCUAGGAAUAUUCAUAACAUAUGCAUCUAUCAUAAUCAGGAUGUGUAUGCUAAAUUCUCUCUUACUUACAACCCUGAUGAGACUCUCUCUACCAGAAUCAUAAAUGGAGGUGGAAAAAAUCCAAUAUUUGAUGAAAACUUGAGGAUGAAGAUUACCCAUAUGGAUGCUGUUCUUAAAUGUGAGAUUUGGAUGUUUAGCAGGUUAAGAAAUCACUUGGAAGACCAGCUUUUAGGAUUUGCUUUGGUCCCAAUUUCACAAGUUUUUGGCAAAGGAAAGGUGACUGAAGAUUAUAGCCUUUCCUCAACUGAUCUUUUUCAUUCUCCUGCUGGAGCUGUUCAAUUAACUCUGUCUUUGGACACAUCUUUUCCAAUCAAUUCAAAUGGGAAUCCAAUAAAAAAAUCAGCUACUACUAGUUCAUCCAUAUCUUCAGAAGUUGUUUUGCUUGAUAGAAAAAUCUCAGAAGUUAUGUCUGACCCAAUUGAGUAUUCUAGAAUUGAAUUUCCUGAUAUCAGCGUGGUGACGGAGAACCAGAAAAUGGUUUCUGAGUACUUCAAUUUAGAAGGUUAUGGUUCAGCUCCUAGGCCAAACACAAUAGGACCACUACCAUUUCUUCGCCUUGGUGCUUCUCCACAAGUUGAUGAUUGUGAAAUGACUAUGAAUUCACCUGAUGAGAAUCAUGAGUCCAUUUCUCCAAAUGAGAGCAUUCAGAAUUCUGGGUUCCUAAGCUCUACUACUACAAGCUUAAGUGAUGAUAGAAACUCAGCUGAUUCACUUCAGAAAAAGAGUAAUUUGGGGGGUGACACAUCAAAUUCUUUCAAUGUGUCAAUCACAGUUCAAGGUAUUCAGAACUUUGGUGCUUGUCCAGAUACCCCAACUUCCAAGAAAGAAAGUGAAGCCAGAGAUGAAAAAGAGUCCAAGUUCUCUAGCAAGGAAAAGGAGAUCAAUAGUGAUAAGAAUGUAGAAGCUGAAAAAUUUGGUCAAGUUUUUUCUUCUCCACUAGGGAAUAUCAACAUGGAGACUGAGCAAAGUGCUAUGCAGAAACAAAUAGUUGACAUGUAUAUGAGAAGCAUGCAACAAUUCACUGAGUCUUUGGCAAAAAUGAAGCUCCCAAUGGACCUAGACAAACCUGAGAGUGAAGAUCGUGGUGAUGUGAUUAAUAAUCACAACAACACGAAAUUAGAAAUUGAUAAGAAGAAAAAAGAUGGGUCACGUGUGUUUUAUGGUAGUCGAGCAUUCUUCUAGUUAUAUCUUGAUGCAGUAGCCACAUGACAGUAGUUUUGUUAUAGCAAGAUAUAAGAGUUUAAUUUAUUGUAACAUUGGGUACUUCAGUUCCCUUAGUUAUGUUUAUGAUAGAUUUAAGUUAAUCCUGUGUUGUUUAACCUCCCCUUUUGUUGAUGGAAACAAUCUUCUAUUUUAA